AUGGCGCAGGAACUGUACGGGUUAAUGGAGAAAUACUUUGACGAUCAUUUGGAUCUCAAGCUUAGGACUGACAAGUACGUUUACGAGCAUGCUCAACUUGCUCUCCUCUAUCUGAAGCUCUGUCGCGAGAAUAUGUGCACGGAUGUGAAUGAAAUGACCGAUUUGGACUUCGAGCGGGAACAGUUGUUGUGCCACUAUGAGGAAGCAAUCAAGAAGGGAGUGGAAGAAAUUGUCUUCUCGAAAGAGAAGACUAUUACUCUUCUCAUCAAGCUGAGGAAGCACUUUGUCUCAAUCUGCAAUAAUCUCCACGAGAUCUGCGAAGAAAUCAUGAAAGAGAUUGAGGGAAAAGUUUUCGACAAGAAGGAAUGUCUGGAGAAAGAAGUGUUUGUUUAG